AGGAAGAUGGAGGAGAACACUGUCAGAGACAUCGAGCUCGGUAGUGAAACAGUAGGAGAGGAUGCUUUGGUGGGGAAUGUUGGGAAGCUGAUGGUGAACCCACCAGGAUACUCAGGAACGCCACGGAAAGGACAUCUCGUUUUUGAUGCUUGUUUUGAGAGUGGGAACCUGGGGCGUGUUGACUACAUCAGUGAUUUUGAGUUUGACCUCUUCAUCCGGCCUGACACCAGCAACCCACGCUUCAGAGUCUGGUUCAACUUCACCGUUGAGAAUGUCCGGGAGACACAGAGGGUCAUUUUCAAUGUGGUCAACUUUUCCAAGACCAAGAGCCUCUACAGAGAUGGCAUGUCUCCUGUUGUCAAGUCUACCAGCAGGCCCAAAUGGCAGAGGCUCCCGUCUAAGAAUGUGUACUACUACCGCUGCCCCAACCACAGACGCAACUAUGUCAUGUCUUUUGCCUUCUGCUUUGACCGAGAGGAUGACAUAUACCAGUUCGCCUACUGCUACCCCUACACUUACUCCAGACUGCAACAUUACCUUGCCACCUUGGAGCGCAAAAACCUCCCAUACCUGCAGAGGGAACAGCUGGGACUCAGUGUGCAACAAAGGCGUCUAGACCUGUUAACUAUCACCAACUCCGACUACGUUUGUCCAGAGAGGGAGAAGAAGCUGGUCUUUCUUACCGCUCGUGUUCACCCUGGAGAGUCUCCGGCCUCCUUUGUCUGCCAAGGCGUGAUUGACUUCCUGGUGAGCCAGCAUCCAGUUGCUCAGAUCUUGCGCAAUCAUGUGAUCUUCAAGAUAGUCCCCAUGCUGAAUCCUGACGGCGUCUACCUGGGCAACUACAGGUGUUCUCUGAUGGGCUUCGACCUGAAUCGCCACUGGCAGGAUCCCUCUCCACUGGAGCACCCCACACUUCACGCUGUUAAACAGCUCAUAGUGCAGAUGAACCGAGACCCGAGAGUUAGUUUGGAGUUCUACAUCGAUGUUCAUGCCCACUCUACCAUGCUGAAUGGCUUCAUGUAUGGGAAUGUAUUUGAGGAAGAGGAGCGUGUCCAGAGACAGGCUGUCUUCCCCAGACUGGUGUGCCAAAAUGCGCCAGACUUCUCCUUUUCCAACACCUCUUUCAACCGUGAUGUGGUGAAGGCUGGCACCGGUAGACGCUUUCUAGGUGGUCUCCUUGACGAUUCUUCCUACUGCUACACUCUGGAGGUGUCCUUCUACAGCUACAGGACUGCUGACAGCACCGCCCCGCUACCGUACACUGAGCAGACUUACAUGAGGUUGGGCAAAAAUGUGGCUCGAACCUUCCUGGAUUACUACAAACUAAACAGCCUCAUUACGGACAACAGACCAACUCACAUUCAAAGUGCUGAGGAGAUGUACCAGACUGCUGAAACCAAUGCUGGGAAGAACAUAUGUCUUGGCAGAGACACGACGAACAGAGAAAAGGACAAGAACCAGAGUGUCAGGCAUUAGGCACUCAAACGGACACAGUUGGAGCAUGUAUUAAAUGCAGAGCACUGGCUCAGCAGGAUCCAUGUGCAUUUAGAGACUUCGCAUCUCCCUGGCUAUAAAGACUUAAAUGCCAUAUUCGUAACAGUGGGAUGACUGGAUAGCACUUGGAGGACCAAAAUUCAAAUAGGUUCCCUCCCAGGCUAUUUAGUGACAAUAAAACAUGAGCGAUCGAACACUGAGGGUGGACAAACUGGAUUAUUAAUUUUGACUCAAUAUGAGCCCUUCAUUUGGCAGCUUUUUGUUUUAUGAAAGUGCAUGCACUAUUAUUUGCGUAUUUUAUGACUUCACUGGACAGUGUUAUUAAGUUUAUUACCAUUGUAAUGUGUCA